AUGGCACCUCGUCACCCCCUUCAACGACUUACGUCGCCCUCACGAGAUGUUUCGCUAUUGCUUCAUAUCAUCGGAAUAGCCUCUUUCAGUUACAACUUUCACUUUCUCACAGUCUGGGAUACACCUAUAGCCAGGUCUUACGGAUGGCAUAUGCAGUUCCUUACCAUUAUUGGCCUUUCAGCAUCACUCAUUGCCUUUGUUCUCGGGGCAUUGGCCGAUAUUACCCUAAGCCCAACGCUCUUCCAGGCUAAGAAUGCGGUUGCUGUUCUUGCUACGCCCUUGGAAGUUGUUAUCUCAAUUUUGUAUUGGGGACUGAGGCUCAUUGACCCCAAGCUGCUUAUGCCUGAUGACUUCUAUCUGCACAUCGUCCCUGAUAUGGGAUUUCACCUUGCGCCGGCUGUACUCCUGAGUCUGGAUCUCGUCCUUCUUAGCCCUCCUUGGACCAUCCCAGCUUACGGUAUAAUGGCAAUCAGCACUGUCAUUGCCUUUGCCUAUUGGUACUGGGUUGAGCUCUGCUUUAGCCACAAUGGAUGGUACCCAUAUCCACUGUUCGAACUUCUUUCCACGACCCAGCGAGUAAUGCUGUUCACAUUUUCAGCUGGGCUAGUCACAGUCUCUUCCUCGUUCCUCAAGUGGGUGUAUGGCCGAGUGAAUGGCUUCGAAAAAGCAGAAAGGGAGGCACAUAAGCCUCUCAAGAAGGUCCAGUAA